GUCCUAAACGCUCUCCGAGAAGGCCGGGCACCCGACGGCGACGUUGUAGUGCUGAACGCGGUCCGGAAGCAGGAGGCGGUAGAACUGGCCCAAGUACACGGGGUACAGAAGAACAUGACCGUAAUUGUGUUCGACACACCUGACAACGACCAAACGACGGCAGCUAACGGCGACGACACAUCCCAGUGGGUAGCGGUCGUCAAAGGAGGCCGGCCGAGCAUGAAGAAACUGGAGUGCACCAACCUUCAAGGGGCCAAGGUUGACGCACCGAAACACGAAGUGGAAGGCCCUGAACCGCCUGCUGUACGUGCCACGACCACGGUACGUGUGACAAUGGUCAAGGAAUUCAUGACAGACGCGCAAUGGAAGACGGCCCGCCAGCGGCCCGGCGCCGUGGCGACGGGAGAUCUCGAUAAGGACGCCAUCCUGGCGGCGGAAGCCUUCUCUGAGGUCCUCGAAGCAGGAAAACUGGUAGCCCUGAUUGGGUACCUCACGGUCGCCGCGGCUGGGCUGGCCCCAGUGCUCGCCGCUUCCGGAGCCCACGGCCGCUUCUACAGGGUGCUUGCGAAGGACCGCUCGGCACCCGAUGGCGUGGCAGUGCCUGGGGUGCACGACAUGGACGUGGACUUGGACGCCGAAUACAUUACCGACAAACAGAAACGACAAGAACGGUACGACCAGGAAGACAUGGACCUCGACGGCCUCGCGGAGGAGACCCGGACCACUGAGAGGGCCAAGAGGACAGCCGCACGGGAGGCGGAAGACGCUAAAGUCCGUGACAGGAUCAAGAAAGCCCGGGGUGAAGCAGCGGCUGCGCCGGCAGAGCUACCAGGGACUGCAGGCCCUGCGGCCGCGCCAGCAGCAAAAGCAGCGGCUAAGCCCGCCGCGAAGCCGCCGCCCAAGCGGAAGAACCCGUUCGAAGCCAUCGACCCCGGUUCCAACGGAGGCGACUGCGGAUACCGGGCCCUGGCUGCGGGUUGGGCUCUGCUCGGGGGAGUCGCCAAGGCCACGCGGGAGAACACGCUGAACCCCGCCAAGCUCGAGAGAAUGGCGAAGACCCUACGAGCGCAACUUGCACUACGUAUCAGCAACAACCAUGAGUUCUUCCAACACUACUGGGCCCACGUACCCCUGGGGGAGGGGAAGGAAGACGGGGCUAUUCCGACCACCUGGGAGGAGUACGUCGCAGCGUGUAAAAGACCGAAGCGGUGGAUCGACGGGCUGUCCUACCAGGCGGCAUGUGACCAUUUCAACCGACACAUCUACACGUACACAGGGGUGGGUGCUCAGCUCAACGACGUCAAUUGGGUAGACAAGGUAACUUGGAUCCCACAGUCUCCGGACGCACAGCGAGCAGCACUACUGCAGCCUCCCCUACACGUGGGCCUGUGGAAAGACCACUGUUACAUUUUACUGCCAGACGACGGCACCAGGCACAAGAAGGAGACCAAACGACCGAGCAAGGCACAGCUCGAGGAACGCAUCCGCAAGAUAUGCCGACACGGACUCCUGGAUGGCGACCUUGGCCCGGACACGGUCUUCGAGGAAGCGGAAGCAACCCGACACGCCGGACUCGUGGCUCGGCGACCUGGGGCCCACAGCGACUCCACGCACGACACGACGAUCCACUCCUACCACGCCGCGCACUACGCGGAGCGCAGCAGCGACUACGCCCAAAGCUACUCCGACCCGACGCUCGACGCCGAAGGGGGCCGCGAGUGGCAGCAAGGCGACACCGAAGGCAAGGGAAAGAAACAUAUCAGGAAGACACGGAAAGUCCACCCGAACUACCACAUCACACACGAGCGGGCGAAGCACCUACGGAAAUGGCACCCUGGGGAAAACUGGCAGGACGCUGGUAACUACCGACCUUCAGCGGAAGUGCCGCUUCUGUCCCACGACGUGCCCGACGACAAGGUCGCAUGGACGUGCCCAGUGUGCGACAUCCGCCAGCCUUUCUCGAAAAACACAAUUACCUACAAGAAGAUCCGGCGGCAGCACCGGCUGAAGGAGCACCCCGAGUAC